AUGAGCGACAAGACGACCGGAAAUGGGACUGUAGAGGUGGAUGGGGCGCAUUUCAGCACAGUGACGGAAGGUCUCGCGACAAUUCUGGUUCCGCAAGGUGCCAAGGUUGGAGAAGACUCUGGCGAGGUGCAGCAGGUUUUCUACAACCCAAUUCAGCAGUACAACCGCGAUCUCUCUGUGCUCGCAAUCAAAGCGUACGGCGAGGAAGCUCUGGAGAAGAGAAGGGCUCGCAAACAAACAAAGGAUACUAGGCAUGGAAAGAAACGCAAGAGGGGAGACGAAAAUGGCACCAAGCCCGAAGAGACAGAGCAGACCGGGCUAGCGGAACAGGGAGGGCAGCCAGAGCAACCAGAGCAGCCAGAGCAGCCAAAGCAACCAGAGCAGCCAAAGCAACAGUCAGAGUUGGAGCCUGGCCCAGAAGACCAGAACGCUGGCAAGACUACCAAACCUCCUUUCAAAAUGCUAGAUGCCCUUUCAGCCUCAGGUCUACGCGCGCUGCGAUAUGCGCGCGAACUCCCGUUUGUCACUAGCAUCAUAGCCAACGACUUGUCAGCUUCCGCCGCCAAGUCAAUCAAGCAAAAUGUCAAACACAACGGCGUCGAGGAUAUUGUUUCAGUGACCAACGGCGACGCCCUUGCAGUCAUGUACAGAACAAUUGCAGACUCGCUUGCAAAUGGCGAGACCAACAAGUCAUGGAAGAAAUCAUCCAAAUUUGACGUUAUCGACCUAGAUCCAUAUGGAACCGCGGCUCCAUUCUUUGACGCUGCCGUCCAGGCCGUGCGUGAUGACGGCGGCCUUUUGUGCAUUACAUGCACAGAUAGCGCUGUGUGGGCUGGCCAUGCAUACUGCGAGAAGACUUUCUCCCUUUACGGCGGCACACCAAUUCAUGGCCCGCACUCCCACGAAGCUGGUCUACGGCUAAUCAUUAAUGGAGUAGCCACGUCGGCAGCUCGUUAUGGACUUGCAAUUGAGCCACAGCUGUCUCUUUCCAUUGACUUUUACACCAAAGUCUUUAUCCGGGUCACAAAGUCUCCACAGGCAGUCAAAUUUCUAGGCACAAAAACAAUGGUUGUACACAGCUGUGAUAACGGCUGCGGCGCUUGGGAAACCCAGUACCUGAUGCGUGCCAAGGCAGUGCUCAACAAAAAGGGCAACGCAGCAUACUACAAAUUCGGUAUGGCCUUGGGAGCAGCAGAUAAGCUUUGCAAACAUUGCGGUACCAAAAUGCAUAUCAACGGCCCAAUGUGGGGUGGCCACAUUCACUCACGGGACUUUAUCGAGAGGUUGCUAAAGCAAAUACCAGAGGCCGACAAGCAAGUCUAUCGCACUCUUCCUCGACUAGAAGGAAUGCUGCGAAACGCGCUAGAGGAGCUGAUACCCAGUCCUGAAGAGACAGCUCCCGUCGAGUCUCGGGACAAAGAGUACGCCAAGAUUGACCACUAUCCAUUUUUUAUAAUUCCCGGGAAAAUUGCGAGCAUUGUUUCAGCCGCCACACCGGGCGAUGAUGUCUUUAGAGGGGCGUUGAAGCAUCUUGGCUACGUUGCGGGCCGCAGUCAUUGCAAGCCGGGAAGCAUCAAAACAGACGCUCCAUGGUCAACAAUAUGGUGGAUCGUGGCGGAAUGGAUACGGCAAAAGGCGCCCAUCAAGAAGUCCAAAUUCAAGCCAGAUACGGCGCCAUGGAGACUUUUGAAAAAGGCCGGCUUACUCGAGGAUGAACCUAGUGCCGAUGCUGACGCGGCCGGUGGCCAGCCUGAUUUGAAGAUGGAAGGCGUCGAUGCAGUGAUGAAGGAAGGCGACGAGACUGGGGUCGAGCAAAUGGUGUCGAGCGAUCAAAGGGCUCUCACCGAACAAGACUUGAGGAAAACUCUUGUGUUCAAUGAUGAUCUGGCCCGACUCGGGCGAGAGGGCAAGGCGCAGAAUCUUGUUCGCUAUCAGAUGAAUCCCAGAGAAAACUGGGGUCCACUGACGAAAGCCAAGAGCAACUAA